GGUCCAGUUUGACGGCGAUGAGCGGAGAGAGGAAGACCCCUCCACGGUGUCUCUAGGAGCGGGCUGCUGCUGUUGGUGUGUCCCCGUCGAUUCCACGAAACCAGCAACACAUUCAAGGAAGCGUUUCGUUGUGGGAUAAAUGAAUUCAACAGCCACCACGUCGUAGAAAACGCGGUGUCAACACCCCAGGAACCCGGAGCUGGCUUCUGUUGGGCCUCUGAGAAGAAGCAGCCUUCUGAGGCUAGUGGUGCAACCCCUGCAGUCGAGCGAGGGCGAGAGCCAGCGUGCGCGUGUGCCUGUGUACCGGGGAGCGUGCGUGUGUGUGAGGGUGCAGUAAGGGGCAGCGCCAGCCUGGAAGCACCCGGGCGUUAUCAUGGUGUCUCCGUGUGGAGCAGCUUCUGUCAAUCGGCAGACCCACAGAGGAAGGUUCUGUCCCGGGCCGUCCGGCCCAGAGCCGGGGAACAGAACAGAGGACAAGAGGACAAAAGGAUGACGGAUGGUGGACAGCAUAGGAGAUGCAGCCGGAAGCUGACUGUCUAGCCAGGUUUUGGAGCUAACUUGGAGACAGUUGGUUCCCGGGGAGCUAACAUGUCUCCCACUGGACAGCAGCCGAGGCGCUCAAUGAAGGGAGACGACCCAUGUUUACAUUCAGACCUUCACCUCCAGGGCACCCUCUUAUAAUGCCUUACUUGGCGUUCUCAAAUAACCGUUGGCCCCUACCAAAAAGCGCCUGUUACAUGAUUAAUGAGUCCGCCUGCAGAUGUCGUAUUCCUGACCCGUGUACUGCCAGGGCUAGCUCCAUGAGGCCGCCCCUCCUCCAGACUCCUUGAGGCCUCCUCCCGCCUCUAUGGAGGCCGGCUCCAGCCGCCCGGCCGGCGGGGAGCGCCCCGGAAGGCCGGAGCAGCACUCCGUGUCUGCCGAGCCCCCGCCCGGGCCCCGCCCCCCCCGGCCGCCCCUGCAGCCCGCCGGCCCCGGAGCCCGGGCCCCGGGACGGCUGCAGAGCCGCCCGCCGCAGCGGAGCACCCUGAUGCUCCGGCUGCAGCAGCAGCAGGCCAUCGCGUGGCAGCACUCGGACGCCGCCGGCCCCUCGGGGGGGAGCUUCCUCUCCGCGCCGGGGGGUUCCUCCACGGUGACCCUGGCCUCGGCCUCGGCCUCCGUCCCCUCCGCCUCUUCCACCAGAGGGGAGCGAGCCCAGGGCGCGGCACCCCAGCCGAGCCAGGACGCCCCAGAGAGCGGGGGUCCGUCCAAACGCGGGGAGAAGAAACCCCAGAAGCCCGGCAAGUACGUGUGCACGUACUGCGGCCGGCCGUGCGCCAAGCCCAGCGUCCUGCAGAAGCACAUCCGCUCGCACACAGGCGAGAGGCCCUACCCCUGCAUCCCCUGCGGCUUCUCCUUCAAGACCAAGAGCAACCUCUACAAGCACCGCAAGUCCCACGCCCACCGCAUCAAAGCGGGCCUCGCGUCCAUCCGGGACGAGCCCAGUUCAAGUGGCCCGGAGGGGGGCGGGCCCGGGGAAGACCCCGAGGAACCCACCGAGGGGGAGAGUACGGAGUCCGAGGAGGAAACCGGCCAGCACAAACACUCCUCCUCUAAAGACACGACAGCCCAGCAGAAGAGCGCCACGAAGGAGACGCCGGAAGGUCCGGACGAAGCCAAGAGGCUGGAGGACUCUCAAGUGGUCAAGCAGCGGCUGGCGAUGAGGCUGAGCGAGAGGAAGCGCGGCCCGAAGGCCUCGUCGGGCGACCGUCCUUCCUCCCUCUCCACGUCCUCUUCGUCGUCGCUGGGCCCGGGCAGCAAGGGCAGCACGGAGUCGGGCUACUUCUCGGGGUCGGGCAGCACUGAGAUGUCCCAGGUCAGCCCUCCCAGCGCCAGUGCCAAAAGCUACGCAGAGAUUAUCCUGGGCAAGUACGGGAGGAUGGGAGGGCAGCAGCGCCACGCCCAUCAGCCGCACCCCCACUCCUCCUCCUCGGGGCUCGACGACAAGGGCCUGUCCUACGGCGUCCCCAAGACCCAGGUGAUCGAGCACAUCACCAAGCUCAUCACCAUCAACGAGGCGGUGGUGGACACCAGCGAGAUCGACAGCGUGAAGCCCAGACGCUCCUCUCUGUCCAGGAAGAGCAGCAUGGAGUACCCCAAGUUCUGCUCCGCCAAAGACCCCCACAGCUUCGACCCCGGCAAAGAGGAGGUCCCCGGCCCCAGCUACAUGGGUCGCCUCCAGGGGCCAGAGCAGGACCCGUCCUCCGUCCCCCUGCUCAGGAGCCACUCCAUGCCCCUGUCCGCCUGCCAGGGAGAGCCCUCCUCUGGCAGCGCCGCCGCCCCCCCGGGGGGCUUCCGUCUCUGCCACUCCUUCGACGAGCAGCAGGCGCUGGUCACGGAGAUGCGGGUCGGCCACGCCCAACGGAUGCUGAGGCGGCAGCCGGCCGUAGAGUUUCCCCUGGGAGCCGAGGCCCUCACAGAGGGGGUCGGUCCUACCUCCUCACCCAGAGGGAUCGACCCAACCAGGCAGCGGCAGCAGCAGCAGCAGCAGCAGCAGCAGCAGCAGCAGCAGCAGCAGCAGCAGCAGCAGCAGCAGCAGCAGCAGCAGCAUCAGGGCCCUACAGAGUUUGAGUGUGAUGCCUGCGGGGCCCGGUGUAAGAAGAGGGAGAGCUACGAGGCCCACAGGGGCGUGUGUCCGUCGAAACAAACCGUGGGGACGGGGGGCGGGGCGGCGUGCGGAACGCGCAGGGAGGACCGCCCACAAAUAAUGCACUACAAGUUCCGAGCGCUGGCCAUGGCGGUGAGGAAGAGGAGGAAAGAGGAAAGCUUGGAGGAGGACCCUCCGAGCCCCGGGCCGACGGCCACCCCCGGCACUUCCAGCGCCUACACUCCAGUGCCAAGCAGACCGGAGCGCACACACGCCACCUCAGGUGUUCCUUCCCAGUCUGAGCCAAACCAGCAGCAGCAACAGGACAGAAAGGGCGUGUCCGUGAUCCAACACACCAGCUCUUUUGAGAAGCAGGAGAGCAUCUGCAUGGGGGGUCAGGAGCCGGACCACAGGCAGGGUCAGCCGGAGCAGCAGCCGGAGCCAAAACCAUCGCCCUCCUCACCGCGACUUAUCCGCCAACCAAACAUCCAAGUGCCAGAGAUCCUCGUCACUGUGGAGCCGGAUGCUGACAUGCCAUCUGUCUCCCCACCAGGGACGGUGGCCUCUUCCAAGGAGGCCGAGAGGGUGGAGGAGUUCCAGUGGCCGCCGCGUAGCCAGUCGCUCUCCCAGCUCCCUGCAGAGAAACUGCCACCAAAGAAGAAGAGGCUGCGUCUGACGGAGAUGACCCAGUCGUCCGGAGAGUCCAGCUUCGAGUCGCCGUCCCUCCCCCGCAGCCCCAGUCAGGAGAGCAACGUCUCCCACGCUUCCAGCCUCUCCGCCCCCUGUGACGACCCGGGGAGGCCAGAGACCACCCUCUGGGUCUCCGGCAGCCAGGGGUCCCAGAUGCUGACGGUGCCUUUCGCCCCCCACCAGUACCAACAGGCCACCAGAGAGAUGAGGCGCUCGGCCUCCGAGCAGACCCCCGCUAGCACCGCCGGCUCGGACCCCGCCCCGGAGUCCAGGAGCAAGUCCUUUGACCUCGGGUCUCUGACCCCUCAGCAGUCCACAUCGGCCUGGAGGGAACGCCGGAAGUGCCUCCUGGUGAAGCAUGCGGCCUUAGGGGAGCCGGAGCAGGAGGAGGGCAGCGCCGCGGCUCAGUCACCCAGAUCAGAGAGCCCCAAACCGGGGCCUUCGCACUCCAGCUAUCCCCCUGUUUACUCCCCGGAGGUGGGCCCUAUGCUCUGCGUUGAAUCCAUAGGGAAGGCCUUGCAGCUAUUUCACCCACAGACCCUCACGCACACUGCCUUCCCGUCACAGGACCCGUUCCCGUCGGGAUCGCACGCCUGGCCGGUCCCUGAACCAGCAGCGAUCCACGACGUCUCCGCCUCCCAGAUCAUUCCCAGGGCUUUUUUACAUUCCCACACGGCACCGCCUCCGAUCCGGAUCCACCCGGCCCAGAUCCACAUGGCCGAGCGCUUGGGCAUUCCUCUGCAUCAGUUCCCUGAGCUGCUUCCUCUGCACUUUUCUACCAGGCCCGGGACGGGCCAGGCGCUGUACCUGCCUGUACCGCCGCUGCUCACCAUACACACACCCGGGGCUUCUUCAAGAGGACCCUCCAUCUCCCUGUCUCCCUCUCCUCCCCGUCCUCCCUAUGCUCCUCUGGUCCCGCUCUCCUCCCACCGCUCCCGGCCGGUCAUCAUCACCUGUCUGGCUCAGCUCACGCCGUCCGUGUCCCUGGUGGUUCCCGUCCGCCUCCAGACCGGCAUGCCCAGCUACGUCAGCGCCAAGUACACCACCCUCUCCCAGAUCCUGGCCUCGGCCCGGCCGCAGCAGCCUAUCUGCUGCAGCGCCAUGGUCAUCAUGGGUCGGCUGGGGCAGGACAAGCUGCAGAGGUCCUACCUGAAGGUCCCCAGCCCGGACCUAGAGAGCCUCCUGCCCCUGUCCCUGCCCGGGGACCUGGCCUCGGGGUCCAGAGCGGGGGACAGCUACUGCCCCCUGGGGGCCGGAGGGAGCAAACGCAUGCUCUCCCCUGCAGCCAGUCUGGAGCUCAGUACGGAGGCCCAGAGGCACCAGAAAAGGGUGAAAGAGGAAGAGGAGGUAAAGGAGAAGAAGGGGGUGGAGGGAGCGGUGGAGGAUACAGGGGCUCAUGAAGAGAAACACAGUAAAGCCAGCAGCAGUAAGGUGGAGGACGUCAAGGAGCCGGCCAGGACGGAGAGGGUGAGUGUAAAGGUGGAGAGGGGGGAGCAGCAGAUCCCCAGGUCUCACAGCCAGGAGGGAUGGCCCCCAAGAGAAGAAAGGCCCCUAAAAGAGAAAGGCACAGCUGCUAGGCAGGGCCAGAGCGUCAGGUCUCCAGCAAGACCGGGCGACACCCCUUCGCACCCCAACCUCAGCACCAGCACAGCGGUCAACUGGUGCUACCUGAACUACACCAAGCCCAGCCCCAGCUCCCACAGGGAGGCCGGGACGUCCGUCUACUCCUCCUGGAGCGUCAGCGACCACAACCCCAACCUGCCGGGCCUCAGCACCAAGGUGGCCUUGUCCCUGCUGUGUUCCAAACAGAAGCACAGCUCCGCUACCUACACCAUGGCCACAGCCUCCAAGCCCGUUCAGUCCGUACUACCGUCCUCCAGUAACCAGACUCCACGUGUCACAGAGGUUCAUGCUGCCCCACCCAGAGCCCUACCGAAGCCUGAGAAAGAGGAGAAGAGGGAGAAGAGGGAGAAGGAGGAGAGGAGGGAGAGGAAGGAGGAGAAAAGGGAAAAGAAGAAGGGAAGGAGAGAAGAGGAAGGAGCUACCUCCUCCAAACGGAGCGAGUCCCCUCGGGUCCGGAUCUGCGAAGGCGGGUAUAAAUCUAAUGAAGAGUAUGUGUAUGUGCGGGGUCGUGGCAGGGGCAAGUAUGUGUGCGGAGAGUGUGGAAUCCGCUGCAAGAAGCCCAGCAUGCUGAGGAAACACAUCCGUACACACACAGAUGUCCGGCCAUACAUCUGCAAAUACUGCAAUUUUGCCUUCAAAACCAAAGGGAACCUUACCAAACACAUGAAGUCCAAGGCUCACGGGAAGAAGUGCCAAGCCAUGGGUGUGUCUGAGUCCUCGCUGGACGACCCAGAGAGUGAAGAAGCAGGGGUCAGUGAGGGGCGCGUCGGUCCUCCCGAGGAGCAGGACGAGCAUCAGUUCUCCGACGCGGAGGACUUCGACGAGGACGAAGAUGAGGAGGACGACGACGACGAUGACGACGAUGACGACGACGACGAGGAGGAGGAGUCGUCAUCCCACGAUGACCCACCGUCCUCCUGCUCUUCCGACACCCGUGCGUCGACGGGGGCGCAGUCCACCUGCAGCCGGCCGUCCCAGCAGGGGACCCCGGACCGCGAGGCCCCGGCGGGGAGCCCCGGCCUGGAGCCGGCCCCCCACAGGCUGUGGUCCAGCCGGAGGGCCGCCUCGCCCGGCAGCAGGCGGGCGGUGUUCUCGCGGCGGGGCUGGAGCGCCUCCCCCCGGGCCUUCUCCCCCAAGAGUGAGAGCUGCUCCCCCAGCCGCAGCCUCUCCCCACGGGUGGAGCUGUCCUCCUCCUCCGGCCGCUGCCUCUCCCCCAGGGCCGACCUGUCCUCCCCCGGCCGACACCUCUCCCCCUCCCCCGAGAGGGGACCGUCUCCCGUCGGGACCCUCUCUACCCUGCGACCCAGGGCACCACACGCCCCCCCUCCGGCCCUCCAGAUUCAGUACAGACCCCCGGUUUACCUACCCUGGGAGAGUCCUUGCCUGAAGGACGUUCCCCAGGAGAGCGGUGGAACGUCGGGAGAGGUGCCGAUGUCCCCGGAGGCGACCCUGUUCCCUCCGGACUUCCGUCUGUCCUUCAGCAGCGAGGGUUACCCCGGCAGCCAGGCCACGGACCACGUCUUCAGCCACCUCCCUCUCCACUCGCAGCAGGCCAGGGUGCCCUACCUGAUGAUCCCCAUCGGGGGGAUCCAGAUGGUGCAGGCCAGGCACCGCCCGCACCCCACCACCACCCCGUCCAGCCCCACCUCCCCGCCCAACGAGGGCCCGUCCCUGGCCCGCUUCGAGUGGUGGGGGGGGGCCUCCAGGCCGCCAGGACUAAGGACUCCCGGGGGUCGCUGGUCGGGGUACCAGGAGGCGGGAACCAGCCAGUCAGGUUCGUCCAAUCCCCGCGCAGCGCUAGAUUGUUCCACAACGGAGACCACAGACUCAAAGCAAUACGGCAGCUCACAUAGCUCCGCCCACAGCUCGACAGCGACCCAGAGAGGAGAUGUUUACGCGAGAGACAAAAGCCGUCCCAUACCGUCUCACAGUCAAGCAACUCACGUUGACUCGCAUGCAAUAGGGCCAGCGAGGGGGGGGCCAGGGGGCGGAGAGCCAGGUCUGCCUGAGGGUCCGGUGGGACCAGGAGCUGGAGGAGACUCCUCGAGAACAGACAAGAGCACUUCUUAAUCUCCACAUCCCAGUUCUGCUUUAUGGUUUGCUACACUUUUUUUUUUUUAUUGCUUUGUUUUUAUACAGUUUUCAAUACUAUUGUUAACUUGACUGUUUGUUCUUUGGCAAUAUUCAGGUUUGGUAAAAAAAAAAACAUGCACUUUUUUUCUUUGUGAAAAUGUUUCUGUAAAUCUAUAUAUAAAUCGAUAUAUAUUCCAUAUGUAUCUCUGGUGAUACUGCUAUCUUAAUAUCUGUUUAAAUAUAUGUCAAAGGAUCCUGAAUAAAUUUGUAAAUGACCAAAAUCUUUCAAAGAAAAGUUAUCACAUUUUUGUUUGUCCUUUUUGUCCAGUAUUACUCAAACUGCACAGUAUUACUUGUGCCUUUAUCUGUCCAUGGUGGUUCAUGUACCGUUUGUACAGUUGGACGAGGAGAAGGCUGUGAAACAUGUUAUUUUCUUUCUGUUGUUUAAAGGGGCGUGAUAUUUGAUGUAUGGAUGAUUUCUCCUCUAAGGGGCGUUGCUUUGUUACCACGGUAACGGAGGGAGGUUUGCAGUCAGGGUAUAACGUUAGGAGCAGCAAGGUAAAAAAAGAAAAUGCACUGAAGUUAAACGUAUAUAUUUUAUUACAAAGGUUUUUAGCUUAAAGCUUAUCUCUGCACAGAGAAAAGUGCUCCUUAUUUAUUGUCAUUUGAUGACAUUGAACAUUGUUUGAGGGUUGUUUUUUUAAUCUUUUUAUUCUUGAAAAACAAAAAUCAUGCUUUUUUAUUUAGUUCUUGUGUGUCUUUUUCGAUAUGUGAAUGAGUUUGUUGGAGAGGAAAACCGCCAGGUGCACUGGUACUGGUAGAUCAAGUGCCCUGCAGACUUCACAAACAAAACAUUUUAUAGUCCUCGGACAAAUAAAAUAUACACCAAACUCCCCUGAGCUUGAGCCUGUUUGUGAGUAAUUUUUUCGUGACUGCGUUGUUACCUGUUUUCACCAAGGAAUCCUUCACAGGAAUCUGUCACAUUCUACACAAUCAUUUGAGGAUGGUCUUUUUUUUGAAGACCUUGUUCGAGUCGAUGUUAAUGGAUUCUUUAUCGGAAAACUAGAUUAAUUUAAGGAGAUAAAGUAAGUACAGCAGAAGAUGCUGACAUCACUGAAAGAUGCACAACAAGGCUGAAGGAUACAUUCGUUGAUAAUAAUAUGUUGUCUAGAUGUUUUCUCCUCUUUUAGAGACUGAGUGUUGCCAUGCAAGUAUAUUAUACAGAUGUUAUUCUAUCUGAUAAAUGAAUCCAUUCAAUUGGGCAUAUUCAACAUGUUUCAUCUGGGAAAUAUACAAUUAUUCGGAUGUUCCUUGAAUGUGCAGAUAUUUCCCUGUCAAUAUCCAUCCUUUGAUAUCCUGUCAAAACGAACGGGAAUACAGGAUAAGUGAAUCAUGGCAAGCCCGCUUUUAAUCUGACCUGCACCUGUGAGCCUAGACACUAUAUUUGUUUUCCCUGUCACUUUAUGUCAGUUGCAUCCACUUAAUUCCCUUCCACUUGACGAGAGGGGAAAACCAGACAGGACAAUAGAUGACAUAAUGCUACCCGGGAUCACUGGAGGUGAACACAUUACAUCUCGCGGUGC